AUUGUUAUUUACAGAUAUAUUACAUGGCAUCAUGGGCUCUUCAAGAAGUUGGGUAUUCCUGGACCCGAACCAACAUUCAUGGGACAACUAACAAAAUAUAGCGGGGCUGUUGGAGAAAUGGACAGAGAAUUAAUGAAAAAGUAUGGGAAAAUCGUUGGUUACUAUCAUGGUCGUACUCCAGUGCUGAAUGUUGGUGAUCCCGAUCUGGUAAAAGAAAUCUGCAUUAAACAUUUCAACAAUUUUUCUGCCAGACCAAUUAAUAUACCAAAGGAUCUUUAUGAAGAAGCUUUUUUGACUGUGGCCAAUGGUGAGAGGUGGAAGAACAAUCGUUCAGUUCUCUCUCCAUCAUUUACAUCGGGGAAAAUGAGAGCGAUGGUACCCCUGAUGAAAAUGUGCAUAAAGAACUGUUUGAAGCAUCUCGAAAAAAAUGCAGAAAGUGGGAAAGCGGUAGAUGUUAAAACGAUGUUUAACGGUUUUACAUUGGAUGUGAUUUGUACCACAGCUUUCGGAAUAGAUAUUGAUUCUCAAGGUAACCCAGAUAACCCAUUAAUCCUAGCUGCAAAAGAAGCAGCACAAUUUAACUUUGGAGAUCCCUUUAUUCUGAUUUGCAUCUUGUUACCUUUUACGGUAUCCAUUAUGGACUUCUUUGGUGUUGGUUUUAUCAAAAGGAGACCCAAAAAAUUUAUGAUCGACACAAUAGAAAAAGUUAUUGCUGAGAGACAGAAUAAUCCAUCUGUAAGUUUACAUAGGCUUCAAAUUAUUGAUAUGGGCGUGGAAUGCCAUAGCGCAAUACAGGGCUUUUCUGUUUCAGUUUUCAAUCAACAUGAUCUGAUUGGAAACCUUCUUAUUUUUAUGUUGGCUGCUUAUGAUACAACAUCAACCACUUUGUCAUUUGUAUCAUAUUGUUUAGCCACCCACCCAGACAUUCAGGAUAAAGUUCUUCACGAAAUCAACCAGAAACUUGGAAAGGAUGAAGAACCUGAUCAUGAAAAUAUUACCAAAUUGAAGUAUUUACAACAGGUUAUUGAUGAAACUCUUAGACUGUUUCCACCAUUGAUAAGAACUACUCGAUAUUGUGCUGAAGAUAUAGAUAUCAAUGGUACAUUUAUUGCUAAAGGAACGGAGAUAUCUUUUCCUGUAUUUGCUAUACAGAGGGAUCCUGAUUUUUGGGAGAAUCCUGACGAGUUUGAUCCGGAAAGGUUUUCACCAGAGAAGAAAGAAACCAUGCAUCCAUAUGCCCAUAUGCCUUUUGGAAUGGGACCUAGAAAUUGUAUCGGCCAACGUUUAGCUCUGUUAGAACUCAAAUUAGUUCUGGUUUGUAUUCUGAGAAGCUAUAAGAUAUGUUGUACUCCAGAAACCGAGGUAAGUCAAUACGAGUAG